AAAACACAACGAGAGGGGCAAAGACAUAAUAGGUUUUAUGGAGGGUUUAAAGGCGGCUGCCUGGCUGGGAGUGUUUGUGUCUCAGAUCUUUUAACAGUUACCCCAACUCAACCCACUCUCUCCCAUCUCCAAAAUGUUGAGUAACUUGGCCAAGCGAGCCUCCGCAACCUUAAGGAACAACCUUCGUGUUUCUUCUUCAUCUCCUAGAUUUUGUGGUCCCCAAACAAGGACAAGCGCAAACGCACGCCCAUUUCAGGGUUUCACCAACGUCGGGGUGGGUCGGCCCAAGUCGUUGCUCUGCGACGGUUUUUCUCCUCCGAUGGCGCUGGGCAGAGGCCUGGCGAGCGUGGCGGAGGCUAUCGAAUCGACGGACACGGAGGACGAUCAGGAAGAGGUGCAGAAGUUGUUGGAGGAGAUGGCGAGGGCGGAGGAGAAAUCGGAGAGCAACAGCUACAAGUACAAGAUGCUGAAGCGGAGGCAGAUAAAGGCGGAGACGGAGGCGUGGGAGGAGGCGGCGAGGGAGUACGAGGAACUGUUGGAGGACAUGCGCGAGCAGAAGCUUGCGCCGAAUUUGCCCUACAUGAAGUCGCUGUUCCUGGGUUGGUUUGAGCCUCUGCGGGAUGCGAUUGUGGCUGAUCAAGAGCUUUGCAAAGACAGCAAGUGCAGGUUGAGCCAUGCUCUCUAUUUCAACGAGUUGCCUGCGGACAUGAUGGCUGUGGUCGUCAUGCACAAGUUGAUGGCCUUGUUGAUGACCAAUUCCAAUGGGGUCGGCACUGCUCGAGUCAUUCAAGCCGCUUGUCAUAUAGGUGAAGCCAUUGAGCACGAGGCUAGGAUAUACCAAUUUAUGAGGAGGGAGAAGAGAACAACCACAGACAAAUCAUCUGAUCUUGCGCGUGUUGUACAAGGAGGAAAACAGACUGAAGAAAACGAGGAAAUGGAUAAAAAGCAGAACAUACUUCGGAAGAGAGUUGCGGGUUUGAUCAAAAAACAGAAGAAGCAACAAGCAAUGCGAGUAGUUCGGGGACAAGAUAAUUGGAAACCUUGGGGUCAAGAAGCUCAAGUAAAGGUUGGUUCUCGAUUGAUGCAACUGUUAAUAGAAACGGCCUACAUUCAGCCACCCUCCAAUCAGUUUGGAGAUGGUCCACCAGAUAUACGCCCUGCAUUUAAGCAUACCCUUAGAACAUUGUCAAAUGAUUCACAGAAGGAAUUUAGGAGAUAUGGUGUUAUUGAAUGUGAUCCUCUGGUGCAAAAUGGCCUUGAGAAGUCUGCAAGGCACAUGGUCAUCCCUUACAUGCCAAUGUUGGUGCCACCUAUUAGCUGGACAGGGUAUGACAAAGGUGCAUACUUGGUUUUGCCAUCUUAUGUUAUGAGAAUACAUGGAGCCAAGCAACAACGUGAAGCAGUUAAGAGGGCUCCCAAGAGUCAACUUGAUCCUGUUUUUGAGGCCCUUAAUACCCUUGGCAAUACCAAAUGGAGGGUAAACAAAAGGGUGAUUUGUGUGAUAGAUCAAAUAUGGGCUAAUGGAGGACGUUUGGCUGGUUUGGUGGAUCGUGAAGAUGUUCCCCUCCCCUCGGAACCGGAUACAGAAGAUGAAGCAAAAAUCCGAAAAUGGAAGUGGAAAGUCAAAGCUGUGAAAAAGGAGAACAGUGAGAGACAUUCACAGCGAUGUGACAUAGAACUUAAACUUGCUGUUGCACGAAAGAUGAAGGAUGAAGAAGGCUUCUAUUAUCCUCACAAUCUUGAUUUUCGAGGGCGAGCUUAUCCCAUGCACCCAUAUUUGAACCAUCUUGGUUCUGAUUUAUGUCGAGGCAUGCUUGAGUUUGCAGAGGGACGUCCUCUAGGGAAGUCAGGCUUGCAUUGGUUAAAAAUACAUCUUGCAAAUUUGUAUGCUGGUGGUGUCGACAAGUUAUCUUAUGAUGGUCGAAUAGCAUUUACUGAGAACCACCUGGAUGAUAUAUUUGAUUCUGCAGACAGGCCUCUUGAAGGAAAGCGCUGGUGGUUGCAGGCAGAGGAUCCUUUUCAGUGCUUGGCAGCAUGCAUCAAUCUCUCUGAAGCAUUGAGAAGCCCCACUCCUGAGACUACCAUUUCUCAUAUGCCAGUUCACCAGGAUGGUUCAUGCAAUGGCUUACAACACUAUGCAGCGCUUGGGAGGGACAAGUUGGGUGCUGCUGCAGUCAAUCUUGUUGGUGGAGAUCAGCCGGCUGAUGUUUACUCAGGAAUUGCUGCCAGAGUACUUGAAAUCAUGAAAAGAGAUGCAGAGAAAGAUCCCCAAACUAAUCCAAAUGCAUUGCAUGCUAGGCGGCUAAUCAACCAGGUGGACCGAAAGUUGGUGAAGCAAACAGUGAUGACAUCAGUCUAUGGAGUGACUUAUAUUGGGGCCAGGGACCAGAUAAAGAGGAGGCUAAAGGAGCGUUGUGCCAUUGAGGAUGAUAUUGAGUUGUUUGCUGCUUCCUGCUAUGCAGCAAAAACCACUCUCACUGCCUUAGAAGAGAUGUUUGAAGCUGCUAGGAGUAUUAUGAGUUGGCUAGGUGAAUGCGCAAAGGUGAUAGCUUCCACUAACCAAGCAGUCCGAUGGAUCACUCCCCUUGGUCUUCCUGUAGUACAACCCUACCGACAAUUAGGAAGACAUCUUAUAAAGACUUCCCUUCAGAUAUUGACAUUACAACGGGAGACUAACAAGGUCAUGGUUAAAAGGCAAAGAACAGCUUUUCCCCCAAAUUUUGUUCACUCUCUUGAUGGUUCUCACAUGAUGAUGACUGCAGUUGCUUGUAAAAAAGCCGGGUUGAAAUUUGCAGGGGUUCAUGAUUCAUAUUGGACACAUGCCUCUGAUGUUGAUGAGAUGAACAGGAUACUCAGGGAAAAGUUUGUUGAACUCUAUGAGGCUCCAAUAUUGGAAAAUUUGUUGGAGAGCUUUCAAAAGACUUUCCCAACAUUGAGCUUUCCUCCCUUACCCGAACGAGGAGACUUUGAUCUUCGGGAGGUUUUGGAGUCUACCUAUUUUUUUAACUAGGACUCUUGGAAACUCGGGUUAUUUAUCUAGUUCUACCUUCUCCUGGGGUCCUGUGGAGAUCACUCCAAUAUGAUGAAAUUUGUAUAUAUCUACAUGCAUGGGAUUGCGAAAGCCCCAAUGACAACAGUCAUGGAGAAGAAACAAGUUUGUGAAGCAAGGAUUGAGUUGUCAAAUUAGAGUGCCUUACAGGAAUUUUGUACAUCUUUUCUACGCCUGUUUCAAACAGGCAUAAUUCCUUCCGUUGUUGGAAUUCCAGUUAUCCAAAUCCGCCAUUUAUAGAAGAUACAAGGAAUGAAGGGAUCUAACUUGGGUUUUUCAUGAAAGAAAGGGGCCUCUGCUCAUGGCUUUACAAAUUUUGAACUAUACAGCAGCCAAUCUGUUUUUAGUUCAUGGUUGAUGUAACACAGACUAAUGAAGGAUUGGAGCACUGGUAUUCAUUUCUGGUAUUUUCUCAGAUCAGGAAGCUUCAGUCUGCUUGGUUUUCCGUUGCAAUCAAGGUUGUUGGAAGAUCCUUUUAUGUUGCUUUUUUAUACAUUGUAUUUUAUUUCAAUCUUCUUGGGAAGGGAUUAGGAGCAUGUAUAACAUUUUUGUCAUGGUUACUGUCAUAUUUGUUCCGACACUGAUUUUUUCCAUUAUUUGCAUUGAAUAUAUGUAAAGAAAAUAAAUACUAAAGAAAUAAAGCUUGUUAUUCAAGUUUCAAUUAGUAAAUGGAUGUAUGCUGUUUAUUGUUACUU